AUGGAGAAGGCGUCGACAAUAUCCAGGGAAUCUGCCCCGACUCCUCCAGUGCCCUCCAACCGAACCAGCAGCUGGCAAUCCCUGGAGAAUCAACCUCCCUCCAUCCGCCACUACCGCAGCAUGCUCGUCGUCGACGCUCCCUCCCUUGGACCUCACAAACCCAUCUCCUAUACCAUUUUUCAGGACGACGACCCAGCUUCUGCUGCCAACGGUACGACCUCGCCCACGUCGGUCGAUGCCAGACAGAUCUCACCCCAAGUGCCUUCUCCGACACUCGAUGUCUCUGAGGUCCGACCAAAGGCCUCCUCCUCUGGUGGUCCUCCCAUGAUCAUCAAUGAGAACAAGAACAUUGUCCGAAGAAAGCUUACCGGCUACGUUGGGUUCGCCAACCUGCCGAACCAAUGGCACCGGAAGAGCGUACGAAAGGGGUUCAACUUCAAUGUAAUGGUUGUUGGUGAAUCUGGCCUGGGUAAAUCUACACUUGUCAACACCUUGUUCAACACGUCGUUGUACCCUCCCAAGGACCGUAAGGGACCGAGCCUUGACAUAAUACCCAAGACCGUCUCCAUUCAGUCUAUCAGUGCGGACAUCGAGGAAGCUGGUGUUCGUCUGCGCCUGACUGUGGUUGACACUCCCGGUUUUGGCGACUUCGUGAACAACGAUGAGUCUUGGAGGCCCAUUAUCGACAACAUUGAGCAGCGCUAUGACGCCUACCUGGAUGCCGAAAACAAGGUCAACCGCAUGAACAUCGUCGACAACCGUAUUCACGCUUGCGUCUUCUUCAUCCAGCCCACCGGCCACUCCCUGAAGCCUUUGGACAUCGAGGUCAUGCGCCGCCUGCACACCAAGGUCAACCUGAUCCCUGUCAUCGCCAAGUCGGACACGCUCACAGAUGAGGAGAUUGCCAGCUUCAAAGCCAGAAUUCUUUCUGACAUCAAGCACCACGGCAUUCAAAUCUUUGAGGGGCCUCGUUACGAGCUCGAUGACGAGGAGACCAUUGCCGAGAACAACGAGAUCAUGUCCAAGGUCCCAUUUGCUGUCGUUGGUAGCAACGACGAGAUCACCAAUGUCGACGGCCGCAAGGUUCGUGGUCGUCGCUACCCAUGGGGUGUCAUUGAGGUAGACAAUGAGGAGCACUGCGACUUUGUCAAACUGCGACAGAUGCUCAUUCGAACUCACAUGGAGGAACUCAAGGAGCACACUAACAACAACCUCUACGAGAACUACCGAACAGACAAGCUCACGGCCAUGGGUGUCGCCCAAGAUCCUAGCGUGUUCAAAGAGGUCAACCCGGCCGUCAAGCAAGAAGAGGAACGUACUCUGCACGAGCAGAAGCUCGCCAAAAUGGAAGCCGAGAUGAAGAUGGUCUUCCAGCAGAAGGUGGCCGAGAAGGAGAGCAAGCUGAAGCAGAGCGAGGAAGAGCUCUAUGCCCGUCAUCGCGAGAUGAAGGAGCAAUUGGAGCGACAACGGUUAGAGCUCGAAGAGAAGAAGUCGAGAGUGGAGAGUGGAAGACCGAUAGAGAAGGAGGGCAAGCGGAAGGGUUUCUCCCUGCGCUAA